CAGCACUUCGCAGGGAGACGUGUUUCUGCAGCGUUUUUCGAAAGCAGAAUCUCUUCGGGAAAUGAACUGUGAACUCUUAAAGGUGUUGGAUCGAGGAAGUAGGAAGUAGGACACGUUUGGUUUUUCCUUUCGCCUCGUCCUCAACGUGAUUAGGUAUGAAGGUGUUAGUUGGCUGGUCCUUUAAAGUCCUGGAUCCAGUUUCCUCCCAGUCAUCCUGACCCGUCGCCUGCCGGAGCUGAGAGAGUUGCAUCAGAGAGAGAGAUAUAGAGACCUACUGGAUCAGAGAGAGAGAUAUAGAGACCUACUGGAUCAGAGAGAGAGAUAUAGAGACCUACUGGAUCAGAGAGAGAGGCCCUAGUACCACAGAGAAGAACGUCAGAGAAUUGUAGAUCGUUAGAGGAUCCUCAGUCUUUACGACCAGAUCUUUCUUAACAUAACCCACUGUACAUGGGCAAGGAUCUAUUUUCUUAACAUAACCCACUGUACAUGGGCAAGGAUCUAUUUUCUUAACAUAACCCACUGUACAUGGGCAACGAACUACUUUCUUAACAUAACCCACUGUACAUGGGCAAGGAUCUACUUUCUUGGUCCUCCACUGAAAGCCAAACAACACCUAAACGGAUGAAUAUUUUUAUGAGGCACCUCCUUGUAGCAGAGAUGGGCCAGGACCAAACCAAGCAGCAGGUAGAGAAAGGCUUAAAGCUGUACCAGGCCAAUCAGACUGACAAAGCCCUGCAUGUCUGGACCAAGGUGCUGGAGAAGACCUCAGACCCCGGGGGGAAGUUCAGAGUGCUGGGCUGUCUCAUCACCGCCCACUCUGAGAUGGGGAAGUAUAAAGAGAUGCUCAAGUAUGCCUUGGCCCAGAUAGAUACAGCCAGGGAGAUGGAGGACCCAGACUACCUGACUGAGGGCUACCUGAACCUGGCUAGGAGCAACGAGAAGCUGUGUGACUUCCAGAAGACUGUGUCCUACUGUAAGACCUGCCUCAACAUGCAGGGAACUACUGUCAGUCUGCAACUUAACGGACAGGUGUGUCUGAGCAUGGGCAACGCGUUCCUGGGCGUCAGUGUGUUCCAGAAGGCUCUAGAGAGCUAUGAGAAGGCCCUGCGCUACGCCCACAACAACGAUGACAAGAUGCUGGAGUCUAGAGUCUGCUGCAGCCUGGGGAACUUCUACAUCCAGCUCAAGGACUAUGAGAAAGCCCUGUUCUUCCCCUGUAAAGCGGCUGAGCUGGUGAAUGACUACGGUAAAGGCUGGAGUCUGAAGUACAGGGCCAUGAGCCAGUACCACAUGUCUGUAGCCUACAGGAAACUGGACCGCCUGCCUGAUGCCAUGGAGUGCUGUGAGGAGUCCAUGAAGAUAGCCCUGCAGCACGGGGACCGACCUCUCCAGGCGCUGUGCUUACUGAACUUCGCUGAUAUCCAUCGCUGCCGGAAUGACGUUGAUAAAGCAUUGCCUCGUUAUGAGUCCUCCAUGUGUAUAAUGACAGAGAUUGGGAACCGUCUUGGCCAGACCCAGGUGUACCUGGGGGUAGGGAAGUGUUGGCUCCAGCAGAAAGAAUUGGACAAGGCUCUGGAUGCUCUGCAGCGAGCUCAGGAGUUGUCAGAAGCUUUAGGAACCAAGCUGUGUAGUCUAAAGGUGCACUGUCUCAGUGAGGGGAUCUACCGCAGUAAGGAGAGGCAGGAGGAGCUGAGGGAGCAGGUUGUGAAGUUCCUGCAGUGUGUGGAGGAGCUGGAGCUGUACUGUGGAAUGUGUGGCGAGUCCAUAGGAGAGAAGAACCAACAGCUGCAGGCUCUGCCCUGUUCUCACAUCUUCCACCUCCAGUGUCUACAGAACAAUGGUUCCAGGGGCUGCCCCAAAUGUCGUCGGUCCUCCAUGAAGCCUGGGUUUGUGUGAGGUUACGAGGCACGGUGCCUGGGAGUUGAGGACACUAUGUGAGGCCCCGACCUCAGUCACAUAGGAGAGCCAGACUGCACUUCUGAAUGGGCAGACUGCUGAACACAUAUCUGAAUGUCCUAACUAAACUGAUCACACAUCUGAAUGUCCUAACUAAACUGAUCACAGACUCGGAUACAGUUUGUUGACUGGCUACUGUGUUCAGAGGAUGUGCCACAGAAACAGGCACCAGCCCAUUACCUCGUCCCCGGGCUACUUGCUACCGACCGAGCGAGAGCUGGCUGGUAGACAAGACUAACAAUCCCAGGGUGAGGACAGACAGGACUGUACUUCAAGACACAAUUCAAAGGUCACCACUCCAUCGGUUUUGUACAGUGAACAUGUCUCCUUAGACAGAUGAGGAUACAGUGAUAGCUUUAUUACACUGUUGUACAUGAUUUACUGUUGUUUUUUUUGUCAGAGGGUGAGGAGGAAGAAAUCCAAUAUACUUCUUAGUUUUGUGGACGUCUGUUUUAGAUAAAUCUGAUAGUUUAGCAUAAUGUUCACUUUACUUUGGGUUAGGGUACGCUGGAAGAUUAAUUGCAAUCAUAUGUAAUUGGAAAUUAUGUUAAACGUUAUUGUUUGGGAUAAAGUGAAAUCACUAGGAUUUUGGCCACGCGUUCUAUUAUUCAAAUUUAACAAAAUUGUAUUUUAAAUAUACCCCAUUCGAAAGGCAAAUUGAGCUUUAUGUUCUCUAUAAAUGAUUACUGUAAAGUGGCUAAUGGCCAUA